AUGGAAGGCGCAGUGGCCGCAUGCGGAUUUGCACAGCUUGGCUGUAGCGGAGGCGGCCUUGGCAUCGGCGGCGACGGCGAGCGCGAACAGCGUGCGGAGACCGGACGUACGCCGAUGCGGGAGGCGAGCGCGCAGGUGGCUUCGAGCGAGGACUCGAACUCGAACUCCGUGUCCAGCUCCGACGCCGGGUCCACGGGUGGAGGCGGCAGCGGCGGGGCGAGCGCGGGCGCGGAGUGGUUCCUGAGCGCCCGGAUGGCGUGCGCGCGCGCGUGGCCGGCAGGGGAGGAGGAGGAGGCGCGGUGUGCGACGACGGCGCUCCAGCGGCCGCUCAGGGGCCCCGGCUGGUGCUGCAGCAACACCGACGGCAACGGCUUCUUCGGCGACGCCUUAUUCGACCCGGACGUCUGGGUGGACGGCCUCACCAAGAUGGCCACCAUGUUCGCCGCCGUCCCCAACGUCGUCGGCAUGAGCCUUCGGAACGAGCUCAGGGGGGCCAGGCAGAACGCGAACGACUGGUACAAGCCGCGCAACGCCACCGCGCUGCGCAGGAUCCAGGCGCUCAGGCGGAACACCGUGCUGUUCCACCCGGUGUCCGGGAUGUGCGUGGUGGUGCGCCGCCGGUUGCCGACGCUGACGCAGCCCCUUGAGCUGGGCCUGGGCCCCUGCAACGAGACGGAGGCGUGGGAGUACAGCGCGCAGCAGCAGCGGCUGGCGCUGCGGGGCACCGCGCUGCUGUGCCUCCGCACCGAGGGCGCCGGCAGGCCCGCGACCCUCGGCGUGAGCUGCGGCGACGCGAUGGCGAAGUGGAGCCUCGUGUCUGACUCCAAGCUGCACGUCGCCGUCAACGCGACGUCGUUGGCCGGGAGCGACGGCAUGCUCUGCCUGGACGUGGGCGCGGACGGCCGGAGCGUGGUGACCAACCCGUGCCGGUGCCUGAGAUUGGACAACAGCUGCGACCCGCAGGGCAGUGGUUCAAGCUCGUGA